CAACAAGCGACGCACGGGUAUCUUUGCUCUGCAAUCUCCUAUCCCCAUCGGUUUCACUGGGAAGACUUCCGGUGGUGUGUCAUGGCGGCAUGGUGAAGCUUGCUCAAAGGGAACAAUAACCAAGCCGUACUGUCAUCUUCAGACGCCGGUUUUGGGACUUAUUUCAGGCCUAACAUCGCCACGAACGUCCACAUUCGUCUUGGAAUUGCAAGCAGUCAUUCGCGGUUUCCAUCCGCACGGCCAUGGCGGCACAUAAACCAGUGGAAUGGGUUCAGGCGGUGAUAAACAGAUUCGACGAGCAGCUUCCUGUUAAAACGGGACAUCAGAACAACCACACCAAAGUCAGCACAGAGCACAACAAGGAAUGUCUCAUCAACAUCUCUAAGUACAAGUUCUCCCACGUCAUCAGUGGCCUCACAAACAUACUAAAAAAUGUGAACAACAUGCGGAUAUUCGGGGAAGCUGCUGAGAAGAACCUCUACCUCUCCCAGCUGAUUAUCCUGGACACACUGGAGAAGUGCCUGGCAUCGCAAUCAAAGGACUGCCUGCGUCUGGACGAGACCAUGCUGGUGAAGCAGCUGCUGCCAGAGAUCUGUCACUUCAUCCACACGUACCGUGAGGGCCACCAGCACGCUGCUGAGCUCCGUGCCUCCGCCUCAGGGGUCCUCUUCUCCCUCAGCUGCAACAACUUCAACGCUGUUUUCAGCCGCAUCUCCACCAGGUUGCAGGAGCUGACAGUCUGCUCAGAAGACACUGUGGAUGUGCACGAUAUAGAGCUCAUGCAGUACAUCAACGUGGACUGCUCCAAACUUAAAAGACUGCUCCAAGAAACGGUAUUAAAAUUCAAAGCCCUGAAGAAACCUGCCCAACAUGCCGUCAUUAACAGUUUGGAAAAGGCCUUUUGGAACUGGGUAGAGAACUACCCUGAUGAGUUUACCAUGCUCUACCAGAGACCACAGACAGACAUGGCAGAUGCUGCGGAGAGGCUGUUUGACCUGGUGGACAGCUUUGCUGAGAGUGCCAAGAGGAAGGCAGCGGUGUGGCCUUUACAGAUCAUUCUCCUCAUCCUCUGUCCCGAGAUCACACACAUCAUCUCUCGAGAGGUGGUGGAGGAGAGCAAGGCCAACAAGAAGCUGUUCCUGGAGAGCUUGAGGAAGGCUCUAGCAGGCCAGGGGGGCAGCAAGCAACUAACAGAGAGUGCAGCCAUCGCCUGUGUCAAACUGUGCAAGGCCUCCACCUACAUCAACCGGGAGGACCACUCGGGCAUCUUCCUCCUGGUGCAGUCCAUCGUGGUGGACCUCAAGGCCCUGCUCUUCAACCCCACCAAGCCCUUCUCUCGCGGGGCAGGCAGCCAGAACGCAGACGUGGACCUCAUGAUCGACUGCUUCGUCUCCUGUUUCCGUAUCAACCCUCACAACAAUCAGCACUUUAAGGUCUGUUUGGCCUCCGCCUCCCCCUCUACCUUUCACUUUGUCCUGGUCAACUCCCUGCACAGAAUCAUCACCAAUUCUGAUCUGGACUGGUGGCCUAAGAUUGAUGCAGUGUACUGCUACUCUGGAGAGCUGCGACUAAUGUUCUCAGACACUCUGAGCCGAGUGAUGCAAGGCCUUCACACACAUGCCCCACUACGCAUGACGCCGAGUCUGUCAUUUAAAGAGAAAAUGACCACCAGCCUUAAGUUCAAAGAGAAAACCACAGACCUGGAUACACGCAGCUACAAGUGCCUCCUCCUCGCUCUGGUCAAACUCAUCCACGCUGACCCCAAACUCAUGCUGCACAACCCAGGGAAGCAGGCUCAGGAGACUCAGAGCAGCACAGCAGAGCUGAUUGCAGGCCUGGUGCAGCUGGUGCCCUUGGUCAAUACAGCCCAGCUUUCCCAGGAGGCCAUGGAGGCUCUGCUGGUGCUGCACCUGCCUGAGACCAUUGAGCUGUGGAACCCUCAGGCCCCCAUUGAAACCUUCUGGGACAUCAGCUCCCUGGUUCUCUUCCUGAUCUGCAAGAAGCUGAUUGGUCACCAGAUGGUGAACAGUACAGAGGUGUUGAAGUGGCUGAGGGAGAUCCUUAUCUGCAGGAACAAGUUCCUCCUAAAUAACAAGGAGUGUGCCACGCAGGGCAGUGGAAUCCCCAUCUGCAGACAGGCCCAGACCAAACUGGAGGUGUGUCUAUACAUGUUUCUGUGGAGCCCUGACACCGAGGCCGUGCUGGUGGCCAUGUCCUGCUUCAGACACCUGUGUGAGGAGGCUGACAUCCGCUGUUCCGCUGACGAGGUGCUCGUCCAGAACAUCCUGCCCAACUACGCCACCUUCACAGAGUUUGCCUCCGUCAGCAACAUAAUGGCCACCGGACGUUCCACCCUGCAGAAGAGAGUGAUGGCCUUGUUGAGAAGGAUAGAGCACCCCACUGCAGGAAACACUGAGGCAUGGGAGGACACGCAUGCAAAAUGGGAGCAGGACACCAAACAGAUUCUGAACUUUCCCAAAAACAAGGUGGAGGAUGGUCAGGAGUGGAUCAACAUGACAGGCUUCCUGUGUGCUCUGGGUGGGGUGUGUCUGUCCCAGCACAGCAAGCCCUGUGGCCCCACCACCUACAGCCCCCCUAUGGGCCCCAUGAGCGAACGCAAGUACUCUAUGGUCUCUGUGAGUGUCUGUGAGGUCUCCAACGCUGCAGCUGGAGCCUCAGCCACCUGCUCCUCCUCUUCCUCCACUGAAACCCCCCUGGGCAGGUUCCUGGACCGCCUGCUGGUCCUGCUGGUAUGUGGUCAUGAGAGGGUGGGUCUACACGUCCGCACCAACGUCAAGGAGCUGCUGGGGCUGGAGCUCAGCCCGGUCCUGUACCACAUGCUCUUCAACAAGCUAAGGAACAGCAUCGGACGCUUCUUCGACACACGGGCGCAGGUCCCCAUCAAUGACACUAACACACAGUUUGUGGCGCAGACCAUUGCCAUCAUGAAGAACCUACUGGAUAACCAUGCUGAGGGCAGCUCAGAGCACCUUGGACAGGCCAGCAUAGAGACCAUGAUGCUCAACCUGGUCAGGUACGUGCGUGUCUUAGGCAACACGUUGCAUGCCAUCCAGAUGAAAACCAAGCUGUGCCAGCUGGUGGAGGUGAUGAUGGAGAGACGAGACGACCUGUCCUUCUGCCAGGAGAUGAAGUUCAGGAACAAGAUGGUGGAGUACCUGACAGACUGGGUGAUGGGCACCUCCAACCAGGCUGCUGAUGACGAUAUCAAGUGUCUGACCAGAGACCUGGACCAGGCCAGUAUGGAGGCGGUGGUGUCUUUGUUAGCUGGCCUGCCUCUUCAGCCAGAGGAGGGAGACGGGGUGGAGCUGAUGGAGGCCAAGUCCCAGCUCUUCCUCAAGUACUUUACCCUGUUCAUGAACCUGCUGAAUGACUGCAGUGAGGUGGAGGAUGAUGGCCAGCCGGUGGUUGGGAGGAAGAGGGGCAUGUCUCGACGCCUGGCCUCCCUCAGACACUGUACUGUCCUGGCCAUGUCCAACCUCCUCAACGCCAACGUGGACAGCGGACUCAUGCACUCUAUCGGUUUGGGCUACCAUAAGGACCUGCAGACACGAGCCACCUUCAUGGAGGUUCUGACUAAGAUCCUCCAGCAGGGGACAGAGUUUGACACUCUGGCAGAGACGGUGCUGGCAGACCGCUUUGAAAGGCUGGUGGAGCUGGUCACCAUGAUGGGAGACCAGGGAGAGCUGCCCAUCGCCAUGGCACUGGCCAAUGUGGUGCCAGGAUCCCAAUGGGACGAGCUGGCCCGUGUGUUGGUGACACUGUUUGACUCUCGCCACCUGCUGUAUCAGCUGCUGUGGAAUAUGUUCUCCAAGGAGGUAGAGCUGGCUGACUCCAUGCAGACUCUCUUCAGAGGCAACAGUCUGGCCAGUAAAAUCAUGACCUUCUGUUUCAAGGUUUACGGGGCGGCGUACCUACAGAAGCUCCUGGAGCCUCUACUUAAAGGGGUCGUCACCACCCCAGAGUGGCACAACAUCAGCUUUGAGGUGGACACAACCAGGUCGGAACAUUAACCGGAAGCAUUCCACCAGUUAGACUGUGGUAGCCUGGUGUGGUGGUAAAGGAUAGCAUGUCGAUUUGAGCAAUUUUGGGGGGUAACCUUUUUAAAUGGAAGUUACCAAGGCAGUGAAGCCGCUCAACAACUACAUCUUACCAGUCAUCCAACAGACUCCCAUUCAGAGCGACACACAGAAGCCUCCAUGGUCAAAUCCCUGCUCAAGGGCACGUUGACAGAUCUCCCACCAGGCCAAAAAAACGUGAAGCCCAACCCCCGAAGGUUCCCCAAUAGCUGUCCCUCAACCACUCGAUACCCCUCCCACAGA